AAAAUAUCGUAGAACAUACUUCAUUGAAGACAAGCCUUACGCGGUGCAGACAACGCGAGGACGCCCAAGGGGGCUUUCCUUAACAUAGUUUUGCUUUUCGCUGAACAUAGGCGUGUCACUGGUCCUCCAUUAUAGUGUUGGCCCUUAGGGGCCGGGCAAAUAAGGAUGCCCUAUAUUACAAGCAGCGGGACCGUUGCGAAGCGGAGGUCGCCAUGGUCCCUCAGCUCCAUCGUUGCUUAUUUCAUGGCCAUCUGGGGGGCCCUCACGGCUUUCUUCGCCACGAUGUUCUCGCAGCAAGCUCACCGCCAAUACCGCGACCAGCGGUUCAGGCAGGUGGGCCGGUCAGGUAAUCGUCUCGGAACAGGCCCACGUAUCGCAGGCGUGAAUGAUGUCACUGGCGGGAACCUCAGCUCGGCUCCCCCAGGCUGUGGCAGCUGAGGUUAAAGUCGGCCCGCUCAGCACUCCACCACACCAUUACCAACAACACCAACAUCACACCGUCAACAUUGUCAAUACCAAUCGAGCCCCACAACAUGCACUGAACGGGCAUCAUCACGUAGUACGGAAUGGGGGCCGAUACUAGGCCGCCGUAGAUCGAUGACGAGCACAUGCGUGUGGCAAUACACACACACGCAGUACGAAGAGUCAGCUCCCAAAAGGGGGGGGGAGACUGGACGGUGGGGGGUCGCUUGGUUUCGGGGGCCUUCCAAGGUCUCUCCCCACCCUCCUACACAUACACAUCUCCCCCCGCCGGUGCCU